AUGGCCAUGAUUCAAGACACAAUUAAAGAGGACGUCGGUAUUUUCAAUGGCGGCAGUCCCAGGGCCAAGGACAUGUUCGAGGAGAGACGCCAAUAUUACCUAGAUCUCUUGGGUAUCUCAGUCAAGGAACUUCGCAAGGUGAUGAACACACCCGAGAUAGAGCUCCCACCCGAGGAGAUUUUUGUCGAGGAUGUGACAAGAAGGGUUAGGCCUCUUACGAAACGCUAUCUACAACGGCUCGUCCGUCUGGGACGGAUCACCAAAUGCGACAUGGAUUGCAUAGUUGAUGGAGGAUACACCAGCGUCGAAGCGUUUUACGAAGAUGUUUACGAUCACGUCGGAACGUUCGGCGCUAAAAAGAAGGAAACUCCGGCCGAUAAUUCAAAGUCGGCGACACAAAGUAUAGAAAUAUACGACGAGGUUGGUUUCUUAGUAAAGCAAGAAGGAGGUGCCGACCAAGACGAUAAGCACAAAGUUUCCAAGGAUGAUGAUAGCGACCCUCAAAAAAAAUCACCCGAGAGGGAAUCGACGGCGUUAUCGUUAGGCUCGGGGGGUAUAAUACCACCCAUUAAGUUGGAAGCGCCGACUGAGAUACCAGACGACGAAGAGAGCGAUGAGGAGGAACAAGCUUCUUCCGACGAAUCAGACCCAGAGCCAGCCGAGCAAGAUCCUCCGUCGGAAGACGAAACACCUUUGUUAGAUGCGGAAGGUGGCGAUUCUGAUAGUUCGGAUGGAGGCUCUUCAGUGGAAUGCCAUGUGGAUGAUAAGGAAAUCACCAUGACAGAAAUCGAAAAUGCCGAUUCCGAUUCCGAUGAAUCAGAUGUAAGCUCUGUGUUCGAGAGCAGCCCUGGCGAAGAAGACUCGAUCACGCCCGACGCGGAAAAGGCCCCGCAACCCUUCCUCGCUGCACUUCCCAGGACCAAUAUGCCCACGAACGACGACGACGAUGACGACGACGAGCAAGGAGAUAUCGACGUAGACUACGACGAGCUACUGGAUGUCUGGCUGCCUAGCCAUAAAAUGUUCUACUGGCAGUACGAGAUCAUCUACGCCGCGAUACUGACUGCGUUCCGAUACAGAGAGAGAUUCCAGUCCGCCAGAGACGCGUACAAAGUCGACCCCUUUGCCGAUUGGGAAUAG